AUGGCGGAAGCGUUCGAGGCGGCGGUGGAGGACGGCCUGCGGCUGUCCAAGAGGAUAUACUUAGGGAAGGGCAGGGCGGUGGCGCCGCCGAAGCCAGCGAUAGCGAUGGUGAGGGAGGACGUCCACUCCUACCUCCCGGCUUCUCCCAUGAUCUACGCGGUCAUUGGUAACCCGGCUAUCGUCGAUAAUCCUGACAUCCCGAGCUACCAGCCUCACGUGUACGGCAGGUGCGAUCCCCCGGCGUUGAUUCCGCUGCAGAUGAACGGGAUUUCUCUCGAGGUUGAUUGCUAUUUGGACACGGCAUUUGUUACAGCUACCGGCUCGUGGCGCUUGCAUUGCGUUAUGGGCAGCCGCAGCUGCGAUUGCCUCCUCGUGGUUCCUAUGGGAGAACAGGGUUCAAUUCUAGGGUUCAAGGUCGACGUUCCCAGGAAAUCGUAUAGUACUCAACUGAUUGCUCUGGACAAUGAAAGAGAUACAGGCAAGAUGACAAUUAUUGAAGAUGGAGGCUUUUUGAAACCCCAUAUAUUCACUCUGACAAUCCCGCAGGUGGACGGAGGAACAAAUCUUUCGGUUCAGUUUAGCUGGUCUCAAAAAUUGCUGUAUUCCAAUGGACAUUUCACCUUGAAAAUUCCAUUUAAUUUCCCUGAAUAUGUUACGCCUGCCGGAAAGAAAAUUUCCAAAAGGGAAAAGAUACAGCUUAAUGUGAACUCUGGUCCUGGAACAGAAGUUUUGUGUAAGACAACUAGUCAUCCUUUAAAGGAGCUAUGGCGGCAAGCAGGAAAGUUGGCUUUCUCAUAUGAAUCUGAAGUUCUUACUUGGUCAAGCAGUGACUUUUUCUUUACAUAUACAAUAUCUUCAAGUCAUACAGUUGGCAGCGUGCUUUUGAAUUCUCCAUCAUUACUCGACGUUGACCAAAGGGAAAUGUUCUGUAGCUACCUAUUUCCAGGAAACCAGCUGAAUGAAAAGGUUUUCAGAAAGGAAGUGGUAUUUGUUGUUGAUAUAAGUGGAAGCAUGAGGGAAAAACCUAUUGAUGACGCCAAAAAUGCCCUGGUUGCAGCUCUCUCAAAGCUUGAUCCCGAAGAUUUGUUUUGUGUAAUAGCAUUCAAUGAUGAAACCUACCUAUUUUCGUCAUCGCUGACACCGGCAACCGUGGAAGCUAUUGAGAAUGUCACUCAGUGGAUUAACUUGAACUUCAUCGCUGGAGGUGGCACAAAUAUCUUUCUUCCUUUGAAUCAGGCCAUUGGAAUGUUAUCUAAUAGUAGCAAUUCCAUCCCUAUCAUUUUCCUCAUUACUGAUGGUCAAUUUACAAAUCAACGUAAAGUUUAUCCACGAAUAUACACAUUGGGCCUAGUUGCUGCUGUGUACACACUUAAUCCCCAAUGGAGAACUGGAACUCCAAAUGUGGUAAGUGCUUCACAUUUUCCUCACUUGCAUGCAUAA